AUGAAAAGUACAGCGGACGAUCCGAUUCCACCGCCGAUAACUGGGAUGACUAAAACGACAUUUCUGAUAAAUCCUGAAGAUGAAGUUGCCACGAAUUUAAUUGAAGACAAAGAAAUCGGCUCCGUUGAAAAUUACAAGGGUGUUAUUACUCACGUCGUCUCACAGUUAAAAGAAGGAAAGGAUUUGACUCAGGUGAUGUCUUUGUCUUACAGCAUCACAGAUGGAGCAACACCGCAUGAGAGAAUGAAGAACUUCAUCAAGUGGUAUUUAACGGCUUUCCACUCCUGUAGAAAGGACAAGGUGGCAAGGAAACCCUACAACCCGAUAAUUGGGGAGAUCUUUCAGUGCAGCUGGCGCCUCCCCGCCGCCAAAGACGCCUCCACCGAUCACAUUGUAACGACUUAUUUUGGGGAGCAGGUAUCCCAUCAUCCCCCGAUCAGCGCCUUCCAAAUCAGUUGUCCUCAACGGAAAUUGGAACUUCUUGGCUCCAUACACACUCGGUCUCAAUUCCGCACUCUUUCCAUCUACGUCAACAUGAUUGGUAAAGUGGUUCUGAAACUGGGUGAGCACGACGAAGAUUACAUCUUCUCGCUGCCCACCGCCUACGGUCGUUCAAUCCUCUCGGUGCCCUGGUUCGAGCUUGGGGGUAACAUUGCCGUUGAAUGUCCGCAGUCCGGCUACUCGGCCAGCAUCCGAUUCCACACAAAGUCAAUAAACUCAAAUCGUUUGCACCAAGUAUCUGCCGAAAUGUUUGCGCCAACCACCGCAGGAGGUCAGAAAAAACCGGUGGUCACUGUUUUGGGCCACUGGAAUUCUACCAUGAAAUUAGUUGAUAAUGUUCAGGGCACCACAGAAGUGAUAGAUACUGGAACACUAAAGAUCGAACCUAAAUGGGUUCGACCGGUGUCUCUUCAAGCCCCUGAAGAGUCUCAACGUUUGUGGGCUGCUGUUACAGCGGCUUUGGAAGUUGGCGAUAUUGAUCUCGCUACUAAGGAGAAAACCAAGCUGGAGGAAAUUCAACGCGCCAGUGAACAAGCACGAACGAAGAGAGGUAUUACACAUACACCCAGAUACUUCAAGGAGACUCCAGACGGUUUCAUUCCCAUUGAUCCACUUAAGACGUCCAUCAGUCACUCGGACUAA